AUGCGGCGGCGCUCAUCCGCAGACCCAAGCUCUGAUCAAGACCAUCUCGAUUUGGCAGCCGACCUUUCGCCCGCACCAAUUCCGGAACAUGAGGAUAAGCUCGACCAUCAGACCGAGGGAUUGCUAGUGAACGCGCAGGGCUGGGUGAACAAGGGUACGCCCAAGGAGGAGGAGGACGAGGUCAAGGGCGUGCCAGUCCUCUUCGUCCCCGGAAACGCUGGGAGUUACAAGCAAGUCCGCUCCCUCGCCGCCGAAGCCGCGUACCACUACCAUAAUACUGUCCAACACGAUGUGGACGCCGGCAAAGCGGGAAAGAGGCCACUAGACUUCUUUUCGGUCGAUUUCAAUGAAGACAUCACCGCGUUCCACGGCCAAACAUUGCUAGAUCAGGCCGAAUACCUCAACGACGCCAUCACGUACAUUCUAUCCCUGUACCACACUCCCGGCAAGUUUCUCCGCGACUCCAGCCUGCCAGACCCAACUUCGGUCAUCGUAGUCGGACACUCUAUGGGCGGUGUGGUCGCGCGCACCAUGCUCACCAUGCCUAAUUACCAGGCCAAUUCGAUCAACACCAUCAUCACGCUCGCUGCGCCCCACGCCAGGCCGCCAGUGUCCUUCGACGGAGAUAUCGUUCGCACAUACAAGGGGGUAAACGAUUACUGGCGACGCGCCUACUCGCAGAAAUGGGCCAUUGAUAACCCGCUCUGGCAUGUCACGCUUAUCUCGAUUGCGGGAGGAAGUUUGGAUACUAUGAUUUCUUCAGAUUAUGCCAGCAUAGAGUCACUGGUGCCCGAGACUCAUGGAUUCACUGUUUUCUCCACGUCGAUGCCAAAUGUCUGGACUGGCAUUGAUCACCUAGCAAUCACCUGGUGUGAUCAGCAUAGGAAGGCUGUAGUACGCGCUUUGUACGAGGUCAUAGAUGUGUCACGCGCAACUCAGACUGUUCCACGAGCUGAGCGCAUGCGCGGCUUCAAGAGGUGGUUCUUGACGGGACUGGAGGAUAUUGCCGAGAAGACCCUACCUCAAAAAGAAGCCAAAACACUUCUCACGCUUGAAGAGAACAGUGCCAUCAUUUCAGAAGGCGAAAAGCUCGUGCUCAGGAGUCUUGGCAAGUCGAAACAGCGGCCAAACGCGCACCUAAUCCCUGUACCGCCACAGGCCGUAGGAAAGAAGUUUACUCUUCUUACCAGCGAGCGAUUGGAUCAUCCCGGGGACCACGGCUUGCUUGAGGUGCUGUUUUGUAGUGUAUUUCCAUCACAACCUGGCCAGUCAACUACGCUCUUCUCAAUGAACAUGGAUCUUUCAGGCGAUAGUGUCGGUGCCACACGACUUGCCUGCAAAAACGCCGCGUCGGACGUUAUUGCGCUUCCUGCCUCGACACGCCACUCAACCUACCCCUUCAAGAUGGAUGAGCGACCUUUCUCGUAUCUCCAAUACGACCUCGAAGAUCUUGCAGAGCAUCAGUUUGUGGCGGUUGUUGACAAGGCUGGUGAGCGCAGCACGGGUUGGGUAGUCGCUGAAUUCAGUGCUGCCCCCGAUGCUCAAAUCGUUGUCGAUAUGGGCUUGCAGCGCCUUUUGACUACUGGAAUGUCCCUCAGACUUCCAGCGCAGCGUCCCCUUAUGACGGACAUCAAGAUUCCAGCUCUGCACUCUGCUCUCCUAGCCUACAAUAUCCACAUUGGCAAGCAGUCGUGCGACGCAGGAGAGCUCUUCGCUCCUCUACUACGGCAGUACGUCACCGACAUCUACGAGAGCAAGUUCUUCGUCAACGUCAAGGAUGCUAGCAUUAACCUUCACGGCGUAUCGCCAUACAUGCCGCCUGCUCUUCACGCUAAGCAGCCUUCCAAUGGGUUGUCACUACAAAUCUGGUCUGAUCCCACUUGCGAGAGCAGUGUCGAGAUUAAUCUGAACGUGGACAUACUGGGCAGUUUCGGAAAGCUCUGGAUACGCUACCGCAUCAUCUUCGCCGCAUUCCCGAUACUGAUCGUUUCUCUAGUUCUACGCCAACAGUUCAGGACGUACGACAAUAGUGGAGUCUUCAUGAGCUUUACUCAGGGACUGAACGAGUGUCUGAAGAGCUCAUUCCCACUAGCUCUGUCCGCGCUUACCUUCCUGUCGAUUGCUCUAGCAGGCGCCCAACAUCAGUCAAAGCAAUGGUCUUUCCGUGGGAAGCCUACCAACAUGACAUCAUCACUCGAUACUGCCUGCAACGAAUUGCUUCUCGGUUCGGACGACACCUUCUUUUGGUUCCUUGUCCCACUGUUUGGUUUGAUGUGCAUUGGCGUCUGCGUGGCUAUCAACUACGCUGUGCUUCUAGUAGAAUUUGCUCUCGCCUCCCUGUACUCUAUCGUCAUCUCAACCAAACUUCGAAGGGAAGAAGCAAAGAGAUCACCGUCGGCCUUCGCAGUCACGUCCAACCGACAGCGCAUCGUUACAACAUGCAUCUUGCUGUCACUAGUCUCGACAGUGAUACCAUAUCACUUCGCUUACGUUGUACUCUGCCUGGUGCAGCUCGCAACUAGCGUCCGCGCCUUCCGACUGGCGAGAGAGUCUAGUCUUGACUCGAACUACAACUUCUACAACUACGCCCACUCGAUAUUCAUCCUAAUGUUCUGGAUAGUGCCCAUCAAUCUUCCGGUACUGGUAGUCUGGAUACGCAACUUGGCGGUCCAUUGGAUGACGCCUUUCUCCUCGCACCACAACAUCCUCUCAAUCAUGCCGUUUAUCCUGCUCGUCGAAACACUGAGCACUGGCCGCAUGAUUCCCCGAGCGGAGUUUCGUGUUUCGUUCUUCACAAACAUCUUGCUUUUCUCCAUAGGCGCAUAUGCCGCUGUCUACGGUGUCACAUACGCAUAUGUUCUGCACCAUCUAGCAAACAUACUCUGCGCCUGGCUGGUAGCCAUCCACUUUGACCCAUCAACAUGGUCUCCGAGGAGAGCAAGCAAUACCAUAGAAAGCAGCAGUCCGGAUAGCGAAACAAAGAAACGACCAUGA